CUGCGAGGACAAAGAAUUACAGUGGUGCUGAGCUAGAAGGUGUUGUAAAAAGUGCCGUUUCAUUUGCCUUGAAUCGACAAUUGAGCUUGGAUGAUCUGACUAAGCCAUUGGACGAAGAAAACAUAAAAGUUACCAUGAAUGAUUUUAUGAAUGCUCUUCAAGAGGUUGUCCCUGCAUUUGGUGCUUCCACAGAGGAUCUCCAACGAUGCAGGCUUCAUGGAAUGGUUGAUUGUGGCGAAAGACAUAAGCACAUCUAUAAGAGAAACAUGAUUCUUGUUGAGCAAGUUAGAGCGAGCAAGGGUAACCCCCUUGUUACAUGUCUUUUGGAAGGUCCUGGGGGAAGUGGUAAGACAGCGAUGGCGGCAACAAUUGGUAUCGACAGUGAUUUUCCAUUUGUCAAAAUUGUCUCAGCUGAGUCAAUGGGUGGUCUUAGCGAGAGCAGUAAAUGUGCAAAAAUUAUCAAGGUUUUUGAGGAUGCGUAUAAAUCUCAGUUGAGCGUCAUUAUUCUUGAUGACAUUGAAAGGCUGUUGGAUUAUGUUGUCAUUGGUCCUCGCUUUUCAAAUUUGAUUGCACAAACAUUGCUGGUCCUUCUAAAAAAACUUCCUCCAAAGGGGAAGAAUAUGCUUGUUAUUGGAACUACAAGCGAGGUUGGAUUUCUCGAAUCUAUUGGAAUUUGUAAUGCCUUUUCUGUUAUUUAUCACGUACCGGCGUUGGACAAGGCAGAUGCCGCAAUGGUGUUGGAACACCUCAAUGUCUUUGCAAGAGAUGAUGUUGAUGAAGCUGCUAAAGCAUUAGACGGGACCACGUUGAAGAAAUUAUUUAUGUUGGUGGAACGGGCUGUUGUAAGAGAUUCACAAGCUAUUUGGUCGGGCCAAGAGAAGAUUGAUUUAAAUCACUUCUAUGACAUAUUGAGUGAUUAUCUGUGAGUUUUUUCUUAUGUAUAUAUAUAUAUA